AUGGUGGCUCCUCUUGCGGGAGAGACGGCCAUCUCGGCCAAACGUGCUGAGCUUUCAGGCAAAAAUGGAUUCAAGGGCCUGCUCAGUAACAAGAAGACAACGUGUAUCGGACUUUUUGCAUCCCUGGGAGGUCUGGUCUAUGGAUGUAAGUUGAUGAAGUCAUCCCAUUGCCCUCGGGGAUAG